AUGCCGAAGCUCAGCAUCAAGGAGAAGAAUGCAAAGAUUGUCGGCGCGGCACUCGCUGAGGUGAUACCACAAUCAGAAACAUGGUGGUUCCGGCAGCCUCAUCUGGCCCGACUGAAUCUCUUGUUGUUGGUGCCCCUUUUGUCCAGCUCUGUCGCUGGAUACGAUGGCUCGUUGAUGAACGGGUUACAGGCUCUGCCUCAAUGGAACAGCGAUUUUGGAUAUCCGACCGGUUACACCCUCGGCCUCGUUAAUGCCAUUAUGCCGAUUGCCAUGUUUUUGGCCCUACCGAUACUUCCCAUGAUUAGUGACCGUUUCGGUAGAAAGGUUCCCAUCUUGAUUGGCGGUGCAGGAGUCAUUGUUGCCAGCCUCAUCCAGUUAUUUUCCGUCAACUACGGCAUGUUUGUGUUUUCCCGUGCCAUCCUGGGCUUCUGCGGUUCCUUCAUGAUCCAACCAAGUGCCUUGCUCAUAGCUGAGCUGGCGUACCCGACGCACCGAGGAAAGUACACGGCGGCUUUCUUCACCAUGUACUACUUUGGCGGCAUCAUUGCUUCCUGGAUCACGUUUGCGGCUCAAGAUCUUCAUGGAUCCUUGGCAUGGAAGGUCCCUACCAUCUUUCAGGCGGUCCUACCGUUGGUUCAGGUCUGCUGCAUCUGGUUUGUACCUCAGUCGCCGCGUUGGCUCGUGGCAAACGACCGGGUCCAGGAUGCUUCCGUUCUUCUCUCCAGGAUCCACGACCCGACGCCCGAGAGUCAACUCGUUGCGCGCGAGCUGUCCGAGAUGGUCGAGUCGAUCCACAUGGAGAAGGAAGCCGCCUUGACGACCUGGCGCUCCUUGGUUGCGACCCCCGGAAACAGGAAGCGCGUGGCCGUUGCCAUCUGCGUCGGUCUCUUUGCGCAGUGGAACGGUGUCGCCGUCGUCUCCUACUACCUCAGCAAAGUCCUUACUUCUGUGGGUAUCACUAGCACCUUUGACCAGACUCUCAUCAAUGGCAUGCUGCAAAUCUUCAACUUUGGCGCCGCGUUGAUUGGAGCUUUCCUUGUCGACAGACUCGGUCGCCGCCUGUUGUUCCUGUGGUCCACGGCUGGUAUGCUGGUGACCUAUAUCGUCUGGACCGCGUGCUCGGCGGUGAAUGCCGAGACGGGCAAUUCAGCGGCUGGAAUCAUGGUUGUUGUCUGCAUGUUCUUCUACUACUUCCAUUACGACAUUGCUUAUACACCAUUGUUGAUUGCUUAUCCGACCGAGAUCUUCCCCUAUUCCCUUCGAGCCAAAGGUUUGGCCCUCGAAUUCUACUUCAACUCUGGUGGCCUCGUUAUUGGGCAAUUUGUCAAUCCGAUCGGCAUGGAGAAUAUCGGCUGGCACUAUUACAUCGUCUUUUGCGUCUUGUUGCUCAUCAUGUUGAUCGUCGUGUACCUCUUGUUCCCCGAGACCAAGGGCCACUCGCUCGAGGAGAUUGCCUUUAUCUUUGACGGGCCACAGGCCGAGACGUCCUUGGCCAUGGACAAGCGUGUUGAAGCAGAGACGGUGGAGCACAAGGAACAUGUUUGA